UUAUCAGUGAGUCUAAUAGGAAUGUGAAGAGAAUAGGCUUGACAGCUCAUUAGAAUGUGAUCCCUCCUCCUUUUUUUUUUUUCUUUUUUUUUCCCCUUUCUUCAAGUUGAUGGAAACUCGUUCAGGAAAGAAGUACUUAUUUGCUGAGGUAAAGCAAAAGCUGAGGAGGGUUUUGCCAGUUUUCAGCUGGGGAAAGGAGCAGCGAGAAAAAUCAGGCGUUAUCUACACUAAGAGGUACCUGAAAUCUUGCCUAGUGUGAGGGGAGACGAGGAUGGAAAAGACAAGUUUCUACAUCCUGACAGCUGUUUGCGACAUCGGGACUUGCUGCUCAUCGUCUCAUUAAAGAAAAGUGAAGAUAAACCCAACUAAAGAGGGAGAGAAACUAGUGUUGGGAAAACUUUUCCUGCUCCUAAUGGACCUAGAGAGAAGUCUGUGUCUAUUCCUAUUACUGGUGGUGAAGGUUUUUGAGCUUGGAGAGUGCCCUCCUUGACUUGGCCACUCCCUCUUCAAAAUGAAGGGGUGCACCUGGGUAUUUGUGGCAACUUUACUUUGUCAGCAGUUUUGCCUCUUCAGAGUUAUGGCAGCAAAGAAAGAUAGAAAGAUGAAGAAAGAACCUAAUCAGUAUACAGAGCCCUUCAAUGCUACCCUGUCAAACAGUGAAGAACUGCACGGGCAUCCCAAGAUCCUAGAAUCUCCAGUCCCGCGAAUCACAGAUCCACGGCGGACCUGGAUCUCCUUUGUUCACCGCCCAGAUGAUGGCAACACCUCUAAAAGGAGAUGCAAAGGGAAGGACAAGAAAUUACGUGGCCUUGUUGGGCCCCCAGGACCUCCUGGCCCCCAGGGACCUCCAGGAGCACCUGGUGCUGAAGUCACCCGGGAAGUCCUCCUGCAGGAGUUUAAGGAGAUAUUAAAAGAAGCCAUCGAGCGCCGGGCAUCCCUUGCUAUUUCAGCCCAUCCUAGCCAGCUGCCUCCACUCCUGCUCUCCCUGGAGGAAGUUUCACCCCACAGACGUGUGGAGGAGGCAUUCCAUUGCAAGCUAAAAGGACAAGUCGUCGUAGAUAAGAAGACCCUGGUAGAACUUCAGAACUUCCAGUCGCCUCUGGCCAAAGGAGCUUUUCUCCGGGGGACAGGAUUAAAUCUGUCAACGGGACGUUUCACAGCACCUGUGUCUGGGAUCUACCAGUUCUCAGCAAACAUCCACAUCGAUCACAGUGAGUUAAAGAGUAAAGUCCAGCUCCGAGCCAGAGAUAAUGUCCGAGUGUUGAUCUGUAUCGAAUCUCUCUGCCACCGAUACACGUCUUUGGAAGUCAUUGCUGGUUUGGAAAGUAACAGCAAAAUCUUCACGGUCUACGUGCAUGGCUUACUGCAGCUGCAGGCUGGCCAGUACACCUCCAUAUUUGUGGACAACAGUGCUGGAGCUCCCAUCACCAUUCAGAAUGGAUCAGAUUUCAUGGGUAUGCUAAUGGGCGCAUAACAUCGUCUGCAGCACUGGGUCAGGGAAGGAUACAAACGAGGGAGCCUUGCAGUAUAUAUUUGACUGAAGAAACCUUUACUUAGACUCUUGAAGACUGCUUCAUGUAACUGUUGGCAACUUUAAAUGAGCAAAGAGCCUUUCCUUUUGCAGAUACUUCAGCUUGCUUUCAGAGGCUACUGCUUUUCAAGGUCCACAGCAGUUCAUUCAUCAUAAAAAAUACACUUUUAUACUUCAGAAACAAACUGAAAUAUUUAAUUUGUGCUUCACCAGACACUCACUGAACAAUACACUGAGAUAUGGCAUUUGUUACAUUAUAACUUUCACACAAUAACACUUGUAAUCAGCACAUCUUUGGGAUUGAUUGAGGGGUGUUUAAGUUGGUAAAUGAAGGAUUGAGGGGGAAGUAAAAUAGUGACUAUAUUCAGUGUGCUGUGGAGGAAGGAGACAAGAAUUUGUCAACAAAACUGUUUUUCAUACAAUUAUAAAUGGUGUAGGCCCUCUCAUGUUCAAACUUAGACAUAUUUGAGAAGUAGCAUGUUGAAUUCUCAAACAAUGCCUGCUCCAGAGAUGGGAAUCCAAAGUCUGAACUGUGUAAUUGUGGUUCUCUCUACCUAGGUAUUUCUUUUGAUGUUAUUGAUGAAGCCAAAUACCUCGCUGCCUGCGCAGUUUUGUUUUUAAGAAAAAGUGAGGCCGAUGGUGCCAGUUCUAGCAUGAACUCCCUCAGUCAUGUUCUUAUGUUUUAGUAAGAUAUUUAUCUGGCUUUGGACUGCAUCACGUACACAGCAUCUUCUCAGAUGCCAUAUAUUCAUUUUCAAAUGUAUCAAAUGCAUUACGACAGUUGUCCAAAGGCUGGCACAGACAGCGAGGACAGCAGCCUCGAAUCAGAUAUGUCACCUGCCUGGUGCUUUUUUGACUGUGGUAAAAUAAAGAAAACACAGGACAAGGCUUACUUCCAUCAGAUGGCAUGGGUAAAAUGGAGUCUGAUCUCUGCUUGUUUGUUGGAAGUGCUGUCAAAGACUGUCCAAAAGCCAACCUGCAGGCAGUGAAUAUGUUCUGGAUUUCCACAAAUCUGUUUGCAAAUGUAAGCGUGUGAGAUUGAGCCCCCAAAGCUGCUUUGAAAAUAGCCCCAGGCUAUAAACUCAUUUUAACAAAGUGAAUGGGUGUUGUCAUUUCAUUGGGCUAGGGUGUUAGCCUAAAAAAUUGUGAUUAAAAAAAAAAAAAUCUACUCAUUUAAUGUACCUCUAUAGCUUUCCCCUUCAACAGACACUUGGCCCUUUUAUUGGUGCAACUUAACUGAGGAAAUUGUUGUAUAGCAGCAUUGUAAAUAAUGUUAGCAAGGCCCAAAAUGGAGUCCAGAUACUGCUUUUUGUGCACUUUCAGUGAAUGGAAGAUACCAGUUUUAUAACGUUGCAUUUUUUUUUGAUCAAUUACAACAUCUUCGUGCAAUGAAAACAAAGAUUGCUGGGGACAGAAAGUAUGAACGAAUGUCAUCUGUUGCUGGGUCUGUUGAUCAAUAUAUGAUGUUUCUAUAAGCUCCAGGAACACUGCUGUUGAGGUUGGUAGCAAAGAUGUCUUAUUUCAAGAGCUGUGGAAAAUUCUGCUGUAAAAGAGAUAUCUGAGACUCUUUAUUUUCAUCUCCAUUCUAAAUACCUGAAGACUGAUCUUUCAGGGAGGACUAACUGGUUUCAUUUGCUAAGACUGUAUUAAAAUACCUAAUGGAAGAGUAAGGAGAGAGUAUGUGGAAUAAUCUAUCAGUACUGUUACAGAUAUACACAGGUAAAUUCCUCUUUCUAGUCAGUGGAAUGCAGUUGUUCUAACUGGACAUGUGAAUGAGAUACUAACUCUUGCUAUACAAUACAUGCCAGCAAUUCCUGUAGAUUUUUUUUUUAGUACACUCGUGUACUGCUUGUUCCCCUGGCACAGGGGAAUCCACAGCUACUGAAAGACAGCAAAUUGCCACAGUAGUGAUUUCUGGGGCUUCACAAAGUGUAUAACCCACAGGCAUAUCACUGAACCAUAUCAACAACGAUGGUUUGUUUGCGCUGGGUUUAGAUGGAGUAGGCGUAGUCAGGGCAAAUGGCCUAUAUCCCAGCAUGUAUUACUAUCCUGUACUUUCUACUGCGUGAAUAUUUGUAAUAAAUUGGGCUGUUACUUGCAUGACUUGCAGCGACAUAAUCACCAAGUGUUGUGACGUUCAAUGUAUGUUGUUAUACCUAUGGGUUUUUUGAGCAAAGUCUCACUGUUCUUGGUAAAUCAGAGUUAAAAUAUUUAUUUUGUUGUAGAAUUAAAAAACGUUUAUCAGAA